AUGACAUUUGAAGAAUUCACUCACAAGGUGUUAGAAAAAUUCGACAUUUCCCUUCAUGUGAGGAGGAUGCACUACACCCUCAAGUUUAACCCUAGAGUCAUCCAAGAUUUAGAAGAUGAGGAUGACUUGGAUAACGUGGUUUCCCACAUUGAUGACUUUGCAAAUGUGUACAUAGUUGAGUCACCCGGUGUGGAAGCCAUAGAGGCAAAUAUACCGAAUACACAGUUGGCACUUGGAGGUCCACAUCCUACGUUUCCUUCGUCUAAUGCAUCAUGCGAUGCAAGUCCUAAUACUAUGAUGUUAUCAAGAGGUUUUGCAUCGCGUUGUGCAGAUAGUGAGUACACCCCUUUGGAAUCGAAUCGGUUUCGUGAGGCAAUAUUAGCUCAAGAUGAGUGUUCAACUAAGGUGCGGGUUUCUUCCAAGAGAGGUGUUGUUGUUGUUGAAGACGUGUUUAGAACAACUCCAGAAUACCUUCCUCGACAACUUUGCAAGGAUUUUGAACGUGAUCAUGGAGUUCAAUUAACUUAUAACCAAGCAUGGCAUCUUAAAGAGAAGGCAAAAGAGCGUUUAUAUGGAUCUCCACGUGAGUCCUACGCGUUUUUGCCUUGGUUAUGCCAUAGGCUAAGGGAAAUUAACCCUGGAACUAUUGCCGAGUACACUUCUCAUGAAGGUCACUUCAAGCAAUUGUUCAUUGCCCAUGCAUUUUCAAUUCAAGGGUUCACCAUGGGGUGUCGACCAGUAUUAGCAAUUGAUUCUUGCCACCUAAGUGGUCCAUACAAAGGAGCUCCUUUGUCUGCCAUUGCAUAUGACGUAGAUGAUGGAAUGUUCCCUCUAGCCUUGGGUGUGGUUGGUUCAGAAAAUUAUGAGGAUUGGUAUUGGUUCUUGGAGAAAUUGAAGGGGAUCCUAGAUGGUCAAGAAGUAAUUAUUAUAUCAGAUAGACAUCAAGGGAUAUUGCGUAGUGUUUCGGAGUUAUUUGGGGUAGAAAAUCACGCCUAUUGUUAUCGACAUGUGAAAGAGAACUUUUCAAGCUUCUUCAAUAGGCAAAACCUAAGGGGAAAGAAAGGGAAAGAAGAUGCUUUGUUGCUUUUAGACAACAUUGCAUAUGCUCGGUUGGAUAUAGACUACAAUGAGGCGUUUGAAAAACUUGUGCGUUUUAAUGGCGACCUAGCAAGGUGGGUUGCGGAGAAUAGUCUGGAGCAUUGGGCGAUGUCAAAGUUCCUUAAAAAACGUUGGGAUAAAAUGACAACUAAUAUUGCAGAGUCCUUCAAUGCGUGGUUAAGAGAGAAACGACACCAAACAAUUUAUACGUUGUUGUUGAUGCACAUGGAUAAGCUUGUAGCCAUGUUGGACACCCAUAUGCGUGGUACAGAUAAGUGGAAGAGUGUGGUUGGACCCAAACAGAGGAAAAGCUAA